AACGAUAACUAAGUUUAUUUAUUUACAUUUUUACAGCCAACACACAGCGCUGCAGCUAUUUGUUUUAAAAUGAGUGCACGCAGCUUGCGACAGCGGCCACAGCGCAAAGUUGGAGAGGCAGCAGACGAUAACACUGGUGGGGAAGCGGAUAAGACGAAGCGGAGAGGCAAAAAGAAAGGCUGCUACUACGGCAACAAAAACACCAUCUAUGAUGAAUAUGGUAAUAUCAGAGCGUCUGGCUUGGAUGUCUGCGAUUGCAUGAACGAGCUUUGCGAUGGCUGCUGGAUGGAAUGUGGUAAUUGUGGCUCCACGCGUUGUGGGCCACAAUGUCGUGUGAAUCGUAAAUUCUUCUAUGAAAGCUUUGACCAUGACGGCAAGGCUCUAACUAUUGUGAACAAGCAUAUGACUGGCAAAAUGUGAAAUGGAGUCUCGAAAUUGCAAUUUUGUUUUAUAAAAUUAGCAAUAUAAAAAGGCUCUAUGUAGCGUCCAAUAAUUAUAGAUGUAUGUAAAUUUAAUUUCGAAUAAAUAAAAAACCGUGCUUCAUAA